GGCGUCGAGAGCUGAGGAGUAACAGUCUCUUGAAUCAGAAGUAAACUAACAGACUCUCUUUGAAAACUGGAAAGUGAUAUCUUCCUUCAUUCAAACUGAAUCACUUAUUUAAGAGUUUUACAACAGAAGCAGUAAAGUUGAUUAGAGGAGUAGUCUGGACUGAUCACCUGGAACUGAACAUCGAAAACUGAGGAUUGUCGACAAUUAUUUAUUGUAUCAGAAUCUGGAGAAUAGUUACGACCAGAUUAUCUUAAAAGCUGAAAAUCUGAAAUCUAGAAUAAUAAUGAAGAAAAUAAUGGAGAUCACCGACGUGGUACAGACGAUUCUAAGGUACUUGCGAAGUCCAGGACUUUAUCCUCCCGAGAAGUCUGGACUUAGGGGCAAGAUCACUUACGGCAUUGUGGUUUAUGUGGUGGUGGAGAUUGUGUUCGUGAUGACACUUAGCUGGAGAGAGUGGGACUUCAACGCACGUGUUACAGCACUCGAGAACUUGAACUUGGCUGUUGGAAUCCUCAACUUGGCCACUGAGCCCAAACUGCUUCACGACAGAACUGCGUAUCAGGUGUGGCUGAUGUCUUCGAAACCAAUGCUUUACAAUUUGACAUCAUCUGAACAGCUAAUUUCGAUCUACAAGGAGAAGGAGGAGCAUGUGAGAGAGAUGGAGAAUCAGAGCAUAUGACUGGCAAAGAUCAUAGGGACUUCGGUGCGGUGCUUCUUUGUAGGCUACACACUGUCGUCCCUCUUUGGGGUGGUCGUCUAUCUUAUAGACUCCGAUUUCAACAGACUGUCUCUUCCAAUGAUAUUCUACAACCCGUUCACACCUUCACCAGCCAUAUCUUUCUCGAGUUUCACCCAGUACCUUCUGAUCCUCCCCAUCGAGCUGUGGUACAUCCACCUCAGCUUCACUCUGGCCUUCGUCCUCAACGAAUCGUCGUUUUUGGCAGUCGACAACGUUGUCAGGGAGAUGAAGCUGUUCCAGAUGAAUCUGCAAGAGUUGAACAUGAAUGCGGAUGCCAUCGAAGAGCAAGCGAGGAGCACUCCCAACACAACUGAGGAUUACAGCAGACUGAAAGUUAUUGUCAGACAGAUUUCCAUCCAUCAUCAACUCAUUUACAAGAAAGUUGGAAUGCUCAAUAAAGGAUUCGACUUUCAAGUUAUGUACAAUAACACGUUCAUCUGCUUUCACCUCUGUCUGGCUAUCUUCUGUAUGGUGAAAGUGGAUCUCCUGUACAAAAUAAAAUAUGGCGUAUCAAUAUUUGCUAUCACAAUAAUUUCAUUCAUGUAUUCGGAAAAUGGACAGAGACUGGAAAAUGAGGGAGAGAACUUGCGUUUAGCUCUGUACAGUUGCAGCUGGAUAGGAAAGCCGUCGUGGUUUUGUCGAUCUCUAUUGAUCCUAGUCACACAAAACAACAGGAUUCCAAAAUUAGAAACGUUCAAGAUAUUCACUCUCAACAGGAACAAUUUGAAAGUUGUGAUGCAAGCGGCCUAUUCAUAUUUCAGUGUACUGACAAGAUUUUCAAGAUGAAUUUUUAGAGCUGCAAAAGUUGAUGUUUCAAUAAAGGAAUAUUCUGUAAUAAAAUUCUGAAAUUGUA